AUUUCCUUGGAUACAUGUAUUUAUUUACGCUCCGAGGAACAAGUGACAGAACCAUGUACAUUGGACAUAAAAAUAACAAAUAAUUACAAAAUAUCACGCAUCAUUGUUUUAUCCGAAGCAUAUGUUUUAGAAUUUUUUAAACAGUAUGGAGAAUAUGCAACUACAAUAUUCGCAGAAUUUGUAGACGAGUUUAAAGGAAGUAGUAUAUAUUUAGCCGAAGUAAAUUUUGAACAUCCUACCAUCGAGGCCAGUAUUAAAUUUACGAAAAUAAAAAACACAGAACCUGUAAUAUGGAUAUUCGGUAUAAAACUUGUAUUAACAGAAUCUACUAAAGAAAAUGAAUCAGAAAUACUUGAUUACACGAUAACUAACUUUUUGAAUAACUUAAAUGGUUCUGUACAACAGAAAGCAGCCAUAGCUAAUAUUAUGUUAGAAUCUGUUAAACAAGAUAAGAAUACUAUUAGCGAUGAAAUCUUACCGCUAAGAAACCUUAUGACUAUUAUUUCCAAUAAUUCAAAAGUACAAAAUAAUCAUAAAAAUAAAAUUGAAGAGACUAAAAAGGCAGAUCUUAAUUCCAAAGAUGAUUGUAAAAAUAUAGAAAUCACAGAUAACAUUGAAACUUAUAUUAAUAAUAAGUUCCAUGAAAUGGAAGAAAGAACCAUGCGUAGAUUAAACGAAAUUGAACACAACAUUAAUCAAAAGUUAAACGUUAUACUUGAAAAACUUGAAAUUAAAUUUAAAUAACGAUAUUUACGAAUAGAGUAUUGUAUAUAGUUUUAUAAUUUAU